AUGGAGGUAAGUUUCCAAGCAGCAUCUUUUCCACUUCUUUCUAAAUAGACCUGCUAGGGGGAGUUGAGCGAGGAGAGUCGUUGACUGUUUUCCAUUAGUUUGCUAAACUGAGAAGCAAAAGCAUUAGUUGAUCUUCAUUACUGGGCAGCAUGGACAUGGCCGGCUUCAACAAUCAAUAUAUAAUCAACUCAUGGCCAGAUGAACAAGUCGAUGAUGGAUUUUUCGGCAUCAAACCUUUUCUUUCCGAGGUUUUCCCCGCAAUACCAUAUUGUAAUUCAGAAAGUAUUCCGAUUCAGAUGCCUCAGACUUGCAUGAAACAGAAAUUCAAGCAGCUUAACGACACCAAUUUGAGCCCUUCACACCCUACUGUUGAAUCAAGCCAAAAGGGCUCAUCUCCAUUCUCUACAACUCAAUUUAUUUCUUUUGGAAAAUCAAGUCCAUACUCAUCAGAUGGUGAGAAAUUAUACGAAGAUGAUAUUGUUUACAAUAGCAGAAGCCCCAUAAGGAGAACGCCAAUUCAAGCUCAAUAUCAUGUUGCGGCAGAAAGGAAGCGAAGAGAAAAGUUGAGUGACCUCUUCAUAGCUCUUUCAAAACUUGUUCCAGGCCUCAAAAAGCUGGACAAAACUUCUGUCCUUGAAGAUGCAACCAAGCACAUUGAAGAGCUUCAAGAACGUUUAAAGACUCUAGAGGAAGGGGAAAAGAACAACUCCACAGCACCUAAUACCAUGGUAGAAAGAUGUAUCAUCUCUACAUGCAGUGAUAAUACUUCUUCCUUCAAAGGCACCACGCUUGAACAAAUCCCCGAGAUCAAGGUCAAGAUCCAAGGCAAAAGCGUGCUUAUAAAAAUCCUAUGCGAGAAAAAAUACUAUGGAUCCAUAUCAAGUAUGUCAACCGAACUCGAGAAGCUACAUCUUACCAUCCUGGAUACCAGAAUCUUAAGAUUUGGUUCUUGUACACUUGACAUCACUCUUAAGGCUCAGAUGGACAGUGCAUUCUCCGUAACAGUGGAGGACAUCAUAGAGCAUCUUCAACUUGGCAUAUUCCAGUUGCAAUCGUGACGCUAAACAGGACCAUUCAUGAAGAAUAUAUUCACUUUAAAUUCUCCUAAUAUUUUUUUUUAAUUUCACCAUAUAGUCUGUCUAUAGAUCAAGGCCAUUUUGCUCAUCAGUCACUUGAUAUUCAUGGUGCUUGCAGAUGGGUUUUUCAGUUUCUUAAACUUGUUAAUUACCAUCCCUUUUUGCAUGGUUGAUCUUAAUUUGACCAUGUUCAAUUUCCCACAUGUUCUAAAUCUAUGGAUUAGACCGAGUGAAAAUGAGCCUUUUUGGACGUUAUAGCGAGUGCUUGACCUUUUUGAAAAUUUCCUCCCUCGUGUGUCGUGAUUCAUGCCUUACCAUUAGAUUAGACAAAACAAUACGUGUUUUCAAAUGACUUCUAGAAGGCUUCUUCAGCUGUCGCUGUAAUAUACUAGCAUUUUCUGCAGCUUAUUAUCUACAAUUGAUGUAGUGGAAUUCUUCCAAUUUGAUA